AAAAACAAAAACUGAGCACUGAACAAAACAUGAAAAAAGGAACAAGGAAAAAAGCAGCAGAGGCCAGGCUAACAUCAUGCCUAGAAUCAAGGACGGGGGCAGUUGUCAGGAUAUAGUCAAGUAGUCUAACGUGGGUUAAGGCUAGACAUAGGACUGUGGUCUGGUUAGUGGGAUUUUGAUUAGUAGAGCUAUGGUCUCUGGUUAAUGUGGUUAGAGUUAGACACAAGGCUGUGAUCUGGUGAAUAUCCGUAUGGUUAGUAUUGUUGUGGUUUGGUUAAUGUAGUUUUGGUUAGUAGGGCUGUUGGGUGGUUAGCUCGUGUGGUUAGGAUUAGUGGUGGGACUGGUGGUUGGUUCGGGUUAGCGAUAUGACUUACUCCACAUCCUAACAUGUCUCUUUCUCAUUUUUGUUCACUUUUCACUUUCAGUCUUUAAAAGGCCCCAUCUCCCUGCACCUGACAGCCAGGAACAUGGACAACCCGGCAGUGGUCAUGGACAAUGGCUCCGGUCUAUGCAAGGCUGGCUUUGCCGGGGAGAACGCCCCACGCUUUUGUGUGCCCUCGCUCGUGGGCCGGCCCCGUCAGAGGGACACGAUGCUCGUCAGCCGUGGGCUUGACGACGCCGGCGGUAGCGGCGAUGGUGGCUGCUACAUAGGGCGGCAGGCGCUGUGCCGGCGCGGCGUGCUGUCCCUCCGCUACCCAGUGGAGCGCGGCAUCGUGACGCGCUGGGACGACAUGGAGCGCGUGUGGGCCCACGCCUACGAGGCCGAGCUGCACGCGAGACCGCAGGACCAGCCCGUGCUCCUGACGGAGGCUCCUCUGAACCCCCUGGAGAACCGUGAGCAAGCGGCCCAGCUGCUGUUCGAGCGGUUCGGGGCACCGGCCGUCCACAUCGCCGUGCAGGCCGUGCUGUCGCUCUACGCCAGCGGCAUGGUGACGGGGCUGGCGGUCGGCGUGGGCGACGGGGUAACACACGCCGUGCCCGUGUUUGAGGGUUACGGGCUCCCGCGCGCUGUGCUCCGCUCGGAUGUGGCCGGGCGAGACGUCACCGAUAACCUGGGCCGAAUCCUCGCCGAGAGGGGACACGCGUUUGUGAGCUCGGCCGAGUGGGAGAUCGUAGCCGACAUCAAAGAACAGGUGUGCUACGUGGCCGGGGACUACGAGAAGGAGCUUAGACGGAAGCCAGAGGAGCUGGCUGUCGACUACAAGCUGCCGGACGGUCAAGUCAUUACCCUUCACAGCCAGCGCUUCCGGGCACCAGAGCUUCUCUUCUCGCCCACGAUCGUCGGACUGGACGCACCGGGAAUCCACCAGCUGGUCUGGAAAAGUGUCACCCGGAGCGACAUCGACCUACGCAAGAGCCUCUACUCCAAUAUCCUGCUCUCUGGGGGGUCCAGCCUCUUCCCUGGGCUGGACGAGCGACUGUGGCAAGAGCUGGCAAAGUUAGCGCCACGCGGAGCUCCUGUCAGGAUCUUUGCGCCACCGGAGAGGAAGUACUCGGUGUGGAUUGGCGGCUCGAUCCUGGCAUCCCUCUCCACCUUCCAGCAGAUGUGGAUAACAGCGCCUGAGUACAAGGAGUUUGGGCCAUCGGUCGUUCACAGGCGCUGCCUUUGAACGAUGGUUGCCCCUCGAUCGUGCACGACUUUCUGUCGAGGCUGCGUAAUGACUACUUCAAUGUGUAUUAAAGAAAACGCAGGCCAGUGACAACCUGGGCUGAGAUAACCAAGUUGUGGGUUGCUGUUGAGGCUUUGGAGAGAGGUUAGCUGACUGUAGCGUGACUGUCACGCCGCUAGAGGGCGCUUUAGCAGUGCUCCUGAGAUUGACGCAGCCCUGACUGGGUUUUGCUCAUUAACGUAUUAUGCUACAAGAGCUUUGGGCGUAAAAAGGAGAUUAAAUAACAUUCGGGGCGAUUAAAACAAGUGUGCUGCUUUAAUUGUAAAUAACGUUUCCUUAUAUGAAUGUAGCGGUUGCGCACGUUUGCUCCCCAGCACGGCCAACAUCAGUGGCAAUCAACAUGGGAAGCGGUACUUAGGCCUCCCCUUCAUCAACCUAAAACGUGAAGUCAAACAACCCCUAAUACUGACAGGUUGAGGAAGCCUUCAUCCAGCAGUGAAUUAACAAAUUGUUGUAAAUAUUGCUCAUUCUAAAUCCUAUGAAUAACCACAGCACGUACCCAACCCCUGCACAGUUGCACAAGAGCUCCCCUUAUUACUACACUGUAUUUCAUUAUAGUUGGCUUAAAGUACUCUAAUUACAUUUUGGGCAAAGGUUAUAUUGUACAUGAACAAAGAUCACCCUUAUAUAAAGCCUUAACAGACUUUUAGCGAAAGUGCUGUUCUCCAGUACUUAU